AUGACUUCUUUCAGUAUUUUAAAACUAUUAUCCAACUUAGCAGAAGUUGCUAAAGAUCACUGGCGAUGUGGCGAGUGGAUUGGCAGUGCGCAGUCUGAGGGCAGGAAGACCACUUGGGAAACUGCUACACAAAUUCAGGAGAGAAAUGAUACGGAGCUACUUGAAAAUGGCAGCUGUGGAGAUAGAAAUAAGCAAGUAAAUACCUUCCAGCUCAGAGCCUGGAGACAAGCUGAACUAAAGAAGGAGCAUGUAAGAUGUUAGAAAUGCUUGGAAUUUGAACACUGGACUUAUGAAUGCACAGGAAAAAGAAAAUACCUACAUAAGCCUUCAAGGACAGCAGAACUAAAGAAAGCUUUAAAAGUCAAAGAAAACAGAUUACAGUUACAACAGAGCAUGGCAGAAACUAAUGUAGAAAGACAGACCAAGGAUAAAGGGUCUAAGAGUAUAAUCAUUUGCAGUAACAAUCGCAAAGAAAAGUCAUCCUCUGCAGAGGACAGUUUGGCCUCCUCCACAAGCUUCUCCUCAUCUGAUUCACACUUAGAUUCCAGCUCUUCUACUAGCAGCAGCACCAGCAUCAGUACAGAUCCAGCUCCAAAGAUGAACCAACAAAGAAAAGAAAUAGAAUUGCUCCAUCUAUAUUGGACUGAAAGACUGAAAACAUUAAUAUGA